AUGUCGAACUUAUACAACGAGAACGACUCCUCUGCGGAGGAGACGGGGGAUGUUAAGAUUCUCAUCAAAGGUGGUGACAAGCUCAGCCCGGGAACUAACAAUGUGUAUGCGUUUUGCAAUCACUGCAAGAAGGACAUUUCUGUCGUGUACAUCAAGUCGGAGACAAACGGUAAAGAAUUAGCCGUGACGGAAACGUUGAAGACAAACUGGCCAGCUGUGUUUGAAGGGGGAUUUCCUGAGAACGACUACGAGAAAUGCAAGAAGAACAACGAUUAUGAAAGCUGCAAGAAGCUGUUGGAUGAAAAGAAGAAGUCUGAUAAGAUUCACGAAUUGUGGGUUUCCUUUCUGGACUCGUGCACGUUGCAUGGGUUUCACUUUUGCUUCUCAGGCAACCCACCUGUGCGCCGUGUAAUAUGGACUUUAUUACUACUCGGGGCAUUCGCGUUAUUCUUCGAGAAGUGUACAGUGAGUAUUAAAAAUUACUUUCAGUUCCCUUUUACCACCACCACGCUUAUUGUCUACGAGAACAGUUUGGUGUUCCCUGCGGUAACUCUUUGCAAUUACAAUGAUGUUCGCUUCUCCAAAAUGAAUGGAACUCGUUUUCACGAGUUGUAUUUCAGGAAAGAGAUUAAGAGAGAAAACGUCAGUCACCUCAUGGAGGAAAUCUCAGGAGAAGAAAUGACAAACACACUGUCAAAUGCCGCCCAUCGACUUGACGAAAUGAUUCAGGAAUGUGAAUGGCAAAAAGAUUCAAAAUGUGACCAUAAAAACUUUACCGAGUUUAAGAACGCUGAUGGAGAUGUUUGUUUUACGUUUAACUCCGGUAAAAAUAGCUCGGCCCUUUUGACGAGCAGAACGGGUGAAGACAAAGGCUUACGUCUUCUCAUCGAUGUGCAGCAUUAUGAUUAUUAUUUUGCUGUUGAAAGCGCAGGCUUCAAGGUAAUUUUGCACGACCAGGAUGAAACUCCAGUUAAAAUGCAGGGCUUAGCCGUAUCUCCUGGGUUUACGACAUACAUGGAACUAAAGAAGAAAAAGGUGCGCUCAGAUUUCAUUUACUUAUAGUUUUUGCAGUUAAGUAACAACUUAAAAUCUAUUUCUAAUUUCAUGGCGUCGGCUAUAUCUAAUUCAUGUUUUGAAGUUUUCGUUAACAAAAAUGCGGUAUCUCGAUGCCGUUUGAAACUCUUUCUCCCCCUUUAGAAAUACUUCUUUCAACUAGUUAAAGUUGGCUGAGGAAAUUUAAAUAUGGGAAGUUGAAAAGAUGAAAUCUCUACUGAGAACAACACGAUUAAAUAUUGCUUAGUAUUUAAUUGAGCAAGAAAUGUAAAAGUUAUUUAAUCAACACCGUUAUCGUUACUUUUAAUUCUAAAAUUGAGUCAAAGAUUUAUUGAUAAGAUUUCCUCAUUUUUUUCAUCGUAAGCAAGAAAGCCUUAAUUUGAAAUACUAAUAUUUUGUCUUCGGUUUGCCCUUUCAACAAUGGAAAGUAAAUUGAAUUAGCACAUUAAUAGCAAGGUGUCCAUAUUUAGUAAAAAAUUUUCAUCCAAAAAGCCUUUUUUUGGGGGAGAAAUGUAUUGCGUGCUUGAGAUUUUUGUAGAAAUUACGCCCUGAUCUCGUAUUUCGAUUCUUAAUUAAAAUGUAAAAUGUAAUCCUGUUGAAGCGGCUAGCCGCAAACUAAAUCAAUCAAUUGGUGGAGUAAUUGGAAGAUGGCUGAUCGGUAACGUAGCUUUAGAGUGAACCGGAGUAUUCUUGAUUUAAUAAAUCUAAUGUUGCUGACAUUGACAUUUAACAGUUGGUUCAUACGUCAGCGUGCGUUCAUUGAGAAAUGAAGCACGCGGGAAGUUUGGAGAGCACGAAAGAUGUGUAAGAGUUGCUCGAGGCGUAGCCGAGGGCAACUCUAGCUUCUUGAGUGUUCUCCAAACUUCCCGCGUGCGUCAUAUCUCGAUGAACGCACAGCUGACGUAUGAAACAAUUGUUUUAUAACAUUUUCAACCCGAUGGAAAUUUUUUUCUCGAGGGAUUUGUUUGCUGACGUCAUGAGCGUGCACAAUAGGAAUAUGAAGCACGCUCGCGCAAUUGAAUUUGAUUACACAAAUUUACUAGCUAUGUUAUAAUGCUUUUUGCCGAAUAAAAGAGGGAAUUCAAGUCGAAAUGACAAACUUCAACCAUUCUCAAAAGUUUAAUCUGAUACAUUCAUUUAAAUAUUUAUUCAUUUAUCUACCCAUCCCUUUUUUUAUUUAUUUAUCCAUUGUUUUUCCAUUCGAUUAUUGUUUGAAAAAUGUCGCUUAUUGGUGGUGAAGGGGGUCAGAAUACAAUCAAAAGAUUUGAGUUAGACUGUUACAGGCAAUUUUGCUCUCUAUUGGUGUAUUGGAAAUGUUUUACAGAUCACGAACUUGCCUUCUCCUUACCGAACCAAGUGCGGGAUGCCAAAGCUACGAUUCUUUGACAAAUACAGCAAAUCCAAAUGUUUCUUGGACAAACUUACCCGUUAUGUUGUCGAAAUUUGCAAGUGCCGUGAUUGGUUCAUGCCUGGUAAGUCUGCUUUCAUUGACGAAUUGUACAUGGAUAUCAUUUCAGAUAUUUAACUAUCUUUUAGCGAUGUGAAUAUUGUCGAAUAAUCCUCGACACGAAUAAUUGUUUUAGUAUAAUUCCUCAGGUGUUUUCGAAUUCGGUUGUAAAUAUUCGUUUUGAUGUUGAAACCAUUCUGUUUCAAUUGUUUUCAUCACUAGUAUCGUGAUAAAUAGCCAGUUUCCACUAGAAUUUGAUAGGUAAAUUCAAUUCAAUUAGUAUAGACUUCAUAUCUUUCUCUUAAGAAGUGUUCCUCCAGACAAAACAGCAUCUCUAAUGCUCUUCCGAAUUUCAUUUUCUUAACCGCUUUCAUCACUUCCUCGGUAAAACUGACAAAGCGUAAGGCAGCCAUUUUGAAAUUUAGUGCUGGAUAUGACGCAAUCUUCGACCAAUCAGAGCGCGCGCAUCUCUCUUGACACCGGAGCAAUCAUACUAAUAACAGCUGUUUUCCCCAUUAGGGCUAUUUUCGAUUGAGUUUCGAAAAAGUAAGAAAUUGCAUUGAUUUUGCUGCUCUCCAUUCAAUGAUAAUUAGUCUGAAAAACUUGAACAUCGUCUCAACCGAUCAGGUGCGAAAAAUAAACUUUCUAUUCUCCCGCUUCUCACUGAGCUUGUUCUCACAUUAAGCUCCUAUUCCCUCUUUCGGUUCAACAAAUCGAGUGUGGUUUAGCGUUGUCUGUACUCUUACCAACAACGAUAUUCGUCUUUUUUCAGUGGUCAAAAUGUUGUGGACUCACGAGGCGAGGCUAAGUGAGUCUGCAACAAAUGAAACAAGUAAAUCGAUCCUUUCAGUGCGUGACCAUUGCGGGAUCAUUGCUUGACUCUUCCGUUACACGUUGACGCAUGCAGCGUUGUCUGUCCUCUUAUCGACAACGGCAAACUGGCCAAUCAGAUAGCGGUAUUAAUGCCAAUUGUGAUAAAAAAUACGCUUCCCAUAGGUUGAACUCCUCUCAGUCCUAUUACAAUUAUUUUUUAUUGCCACUAUUAUCAUUAUUAUUGUUAUUAUUAUAAUUAUCGUAGUCUUUGCUGGUGUUCUCUUUGUGUAUCAGUCAGGUGCAAACCAUGCACCUAGGGCAUCAGCCACUCGAGUCAAUCAUUCUGUUCAUACACUGAGCACCUUUCUGAGGAUUUGCGCAGAUCCCAGCACGCAGAUCUUUUGAAUCUCUGUCACAGUAGCUGCUUCUAAUACUUUCUUUAUGUUUUCCACCAUCCUAUUAUUAUUAUUAUUAUUAUUAUUAUUAUUAUUAUCAAUUUCCCUGCGAGUGAGUGAGUGAGUGUUCCGCUGAUGACCUCACCAAUAAUGUUUCUACAGGAGCUGAUGAAGGAAUUCCUGUCUGCGAUCUCGUUACGAGCGAAAAGUGCAUGUGGCCGGCUUGGGGUAAGAUACGUUUGUGUAAUAGAGCCAUUGCUGUCAAGUCAAAGAUGAUUCUUGACUCUGGGAGUAGGAAAAAAAUUUAUGAUUUAGACAAGGACGUUAGAUUUUAGUUCGAAAUGUUGUCUGUAAGAAAAGAUUAUGCUUCAAACUUUAGACUGCACCAGGUUUUCAUGUAACAAAGGCUUAAAUCAUAGUUAGUAGAGACGAAUUAUUGUCAUAGAUGUUAAAAUCAUUGGUGAAAGUUUGUUGUUAAGCAAACCGACAGUGCAGAACCUUUUGUUUCUGGCGGUUUGGUUUUUCGCAUGUGUUCUUGAACGCGUUGUGACUAAGUGAGCUGAGGUGAGGUCUGUAAGGGGUCUGGUGAUGAUAAUGAGUGUCAGAGCUCGGCCUCUUCUCGACUAGUCCCAGCUAUCUCUGCGGAAGGAAAAACGUGCUCCCUGCAGCGUUAAUUAUAAAGGCCUGUUCCGCGGAUUAUCAAAAAAUUGUUCAUGCCAAUUCCAAAGCCUAAACAAACAUCAAAACAAAGGAAUCAGUCAGGCUUCAUAGCCGUUGCAAUUUAUCAUGAAACAUGAUCUAAAUGGAAAUCUUACCUUUUCAGAUUCUUAAGAAAUAGGUUCCUUUGUGCAAUUUCUUUCUGUAUGAAAACUUUCAGUGCAUUUCGAAGACAAGAAGUUGGAUAGGUGUCCUGUGGCAUGUGAGAGCGUGGAGUUUUCAGCUCAGUUGUCGUACUCUCGCUAUCCAGCCAAUGCUUAUGCUGAUUUGCUUCUGUCCAAGCGGAAAAAUUUGACGGGAACACCCGAAGAAAACAGACGAUUCCUCAGGUAGUGUGACAUCGAAAGGCGUCACUUUAUUGAGUCUUCAUACUAUAUACGUUUUUGAAUAAAAACGUCUACAUUUUAGAUGUUUGAAUCAUUCUUGAUAACCUAUGUACCACUGAGAGCUAUUUUUCUGAAGUAUUUGUGUUUGAACCUAUGAAACUACAAUCAGCGUCAAAAUUAGUGGACACAUCAUACUUGAAGAGUCCUUUAUAUGUAUACUAGAACACUCCUGUGUCUACCACACUCUAAAUUAUUGAGAAGACCCCCGUCUCCCCCCUCCCCCAUUCAAUGUUGGAAUCAAUGAAUCAAUCAAUGGAAUCACGAAACAGCAUUUUCCUGGGGGGGGAGGGAGCGAGUAGGUUAACUUAACAAGGGCAAAGGGAUAAAAUGAAAGUAACAAGUGGGUUUAAAAGGUCAAUAUUUCAAUAAUUAAGUCGUCGAUUGAAGAAUAAAAGUUUCUAUCUCUGGUUCGCGUAUAAGUUACUUCUUAUGUUUUGAAUUUUUUUACUUACAUUUCAGA